CAAAACUACUCCAAAGUCCAAAGUCGUCUUCAAAAACAACACUACCACACUUUCAAGAAAAAAAAAUUAAAAAAAGAAAAUGCAGCACAACCAAAAUGUCGAUAUUGAUCCACCCCGACGCCCACUGCCGGCGCCCGCCGCAAGAUCGGCGUAGCAGUCGACCUCUCUGAUGAGAGCGCCCACGCCGUCCGCUGGGCGGUCCACCACUACAUCCGCCCUGGAGACGCGGUCGUGCUCCUCCACGUCAGCCCUACCAACGUCCUAUUCGGCGCCGAUUGGGGCUCCAUCGACCUCUCGAUCAACACUGAUCCCGUCUCCGAGGAGGAGGCCGUCGCUGCCGCUAACCAUGGCGGCGGAGACAAUCGCCGGAAGCUGGAGGACGACUUCGACGCGUUCACGGCGUCGAAGGCGGCGGAUCUGGCUCGACCGCUUAGAGAGGCGCAGAUUCCUUACAAGAUACACAUUGUGAAGGAUCAUGACAUGAAGGAGAGGCUGUGUCUCGAGGUUGAGCGGUUAGGGCUCAGCGCCGUCAUCAUGGGAAGCAGGGGAUUUGGCGCAGUCAGACGCGGCAGCGAUGGGAAGCUAGGCAGCGUCAGUGAUUAUUGUGUUCAUCACUGCGUCUGUCCUGUCGUCGUUGUACGGUAUCCCGAUGAUAAGGACGCUGAGGUUGCUGGUAGCGCUGCUGCUGGAAGCGGUGCUCCUGCUGCAGUCGCGGCGGUUAAGGAAGGCGAGGCGGUGAUCAAGCCGGUUCCGCAUGAACAUAAAAAAGAAUGUAUCAUCUGAUUCUAGAAGGGAUUCACAAAACGUUUGUGGAGUGCUCUCUUUCUUUUCCUGUCACCUUGUGCUUAGAACAUAUCCUGCAUAUGAACUCUGGAAAAGAUUAAGGAUAGCUUCGUUGUGCUUGUUGUGAUCUUGGUUGGUUUAGGCUUAGAGGAUUUGUUUUCUCUUCCGAAACGGUAUAUACUCGCUGAUGUUGUAGAUGUAAAAUGUCUCUGCCUUUGGACAGUUUAUGGGUAAUUGUUCUCAUUCUGCAUGUGGGAUAUCAUAUUAUAUAAUAUAAUGAGUACUCCCUAUUUAGCUAGAUUAUAUC